GUUCACGUCACUUAACUGGUCCGGCGAAUAGUGUGUGAAGUCUCUCCUUGGAGACACCAUGACGGUCAUCGAGCCCGAUCCGGUUCUUGAGGAGAAUCCCAUAGCCAACAACGUGAAUGUGGAGGGCUCGGUGGAAGAAAAGGAACGCCUUCUUGAUGGAGGAUUUGUAGUCCUCGGCAGCAACGCCUGUGGUCAUUCCUUCAGAGAGCGAAAGAAGAGCAACAGUGGAAGAGUUCUACCGUGUCAAUCACAUCUACCAAACAUAUGCUAUAUGGAUUUGUCUUAUACAACUUUCUUUCUCACGGUGAUGAUUUCUGUAUAUGCCAAAAGUUCCAUUCGAAGUUGGAUACGUUUUGAACGAUCUAAAUUGUUUAGAUGUCUGCAACGUCAAACCUCCAAAGAUACGGGGUUCCAUUGUUUUUCUUUUGAUGUUGUUGUCACGCAAUUGCUGCGUCUGCGUCGGGCUAUUAUUCGAUCGUAUAUCUUUUGAUGUUCACCUUGUUUUGAAGUUAAUUUUACGUGACUGCGGUUGAUGCCUGCGGCAACGCGAAGAAGAAGAAGAAGAAGAAGGAAGAGUAUGGAAAGCUGCAGAAGGCGGAGAUGAGCAGAUGGGACUGCAUCGAGCUUCUGAAUGAGAUAGUCGACGAGAGCGAUCAGGACCUCGAUGAGCCCCAAAUCGAACACCUUCUCCAAUCCGCCGAAGCCGUUCGCCGAGACUACCCGGAUCAAGAUUGGCUUCACCUCACUGCCCUCAUCCAUGGUAUCUUAAGUAAAUCGAUCAUUUCUUUUCGCGAGACUAAUAAUUAAGAGUUGUAGCUGUUCAAUUACUCAUUCGUUUGUGCUGUGGUAGAUCUUGGAACAGUACUG